AUGGGUCCUAAGCACAUUGGACCGAGUGAUCUGUUUCCUGCUCAGAAUGACAUCCUCAUCGAAGACUAUGCGUUCCUUUUUCGAUUUGUUUUUGGUAUCUUUUGCUUCACUGAAGAUCUGGAGCAAGUCGGCGGAAGAGUCCUGAGCUCUAUCACGAGACUCGCCCAGAACCAGAACCUGACAGUCAGCGAUGAUAUUCUGCGAUGGCACUCCCACCAGUGCAUUCUGACGAAUAUGAAAGGUACUGGGCGGAGAAUGUGGGAUUUGAGCACCUCUGAAGAUGACUAUUGA